AUGACACAGUACAAAGGCAUAAUAGAAGAAUUAUGUAAAUGUGUGUUGGGCAUUCAUUCUAGCAUUUUUGCUCUAAGGUCUGCCACAGCUACUACCCAAGGCUCCACCAAUGCUGGGGCUGCAGGGCCACCUUCUGCUACCAAUGUGCCAAGCAACAAACGGCUGCAGCAGACACAAGCCCGGGUGGACGAGGUGGUAGACAUCAUCAGAAUGAAUGUUGUCAAGGUCCUAGAAAGAGAUCAGAAGCUAUCUGAGCUUGACAACCGGGCAGAUGCAUUGCAAGCAGGGGCCUCACAAUUUGAAACCAGUGCAGCCAAACUGAAGAGAAAAUACUGGUGGAAAAAUUGCAAGAUGAUGAUCAUCAUUGGAGUAGUAUGCAUAGUCAUUCUUAUUGUAAUUAUAAGUGAGUAA